GAGCACUGCAUAGCUUGUAGUGCUGGCUUGGACUGUUUGUGAUCUGUGAUGUAGAAAUCUGGACUAUUAUUAAAAAUUCUGGACAAAUUAGAGUAAAUUUGACUUUAAAUUAAGGUUUUAUUUGUUCCUACUGACUUUGAUCGACAAAAAUGUGGAUGGGAACAACUGAAAGUCCCUCGGUUGAUUUGAGCUCUUAUAGAGAUCAACAUUUCAAGGGCUCCAGAGCGGAACAAGAGAGACUUUUGAAGACAUCUUGCACUCUCUAUGUGGGCAAUCUCUCCUUCUACACAACCGAAGAACAAAUUUACGAACUAUUUUCAAAAUGCGGCGACAUUAAACGAAUUGUCAUGGGACUGGACAAGUUCAAGAAAACUCCUUGUGGGUUUUGCUUUGUAGAAUAUUACAUACGAGAGGAUGCUGAAAACUGUAUGAGGUAUAUAAACGCAACAAGACUGGAUGACAGGAUCGUGAGAACUGAUUGGGAUGCCGGAUUCAUCGAGGGCAGACAGUAUGGACGCGGAAAAUCUGGGGGACAAGUGAGAGACGAAUAUCGCGCUGACUUUGACGGAGGUCGUGGAGGUUAUGGAAAGAUAAUGCAACCCAAGUUUACUCCGGACGCUCUUCCAAGAUGAAAUUUCAUCUUUUUAAUUUUAAUUUUUCUAAUUUUAUCAUCAUUAGUUGACUGCGAAAAACUCAACGAUCUAGAGACUGUGUUCCUUGUUUAGCAGUAAUGGUGGUUUUGUGGACUAUUGAACUGAUCGUGGGUUAAAUUUAAUCGCUGAUUAAGAAAUCAAGGAUUAAUUUUGAGUUUUGAUUUUGUGGACUAUUGAACGCUGAUCAUGGGUUAAAUUUGAACGCUGAUUAAUAAAUCAUAGAUUAAUUUUGAGUACUGAUCGAUUACCUUUGAUCAAUUUAGCUGAUCAUGGUUUAAUUUUGAUAUCUGAUUAAUGAAUCAUAGAUUAAUUUUGAUAUCUGAUUAAUGAAUCAUGGAUUAAUUUUGAUCUCUGAUUAAUGAAUCAUGGAUUAAUUUUGAACUGUGAUUAAUGAAUCAUAGAAUUAUAUUGUAAUCUCUGAUUAAUGAAUCUGGAUUAAUUUUGAUCUCUGAUUAAUAAAUCGUGGAUUAGUUUUUAUCUUUGAUUAAUAAAUCAUGGUUUAAUUUUGAUCUCUGAUUAAUGAAUCAUGGAUUUAACUUUGAUCUAUGAUUAAUGAAUGAAUCAUGGAAAAGUUUUGAUUAUUAAAUGAAGGCCGUUGAACAAUUAAACUAAUCAAGGAUUAAUUUCAACCACUGAUUCAAAGAUUUAUUUUGGUGAUAAUAAAUAAACCAUGAAUCAAUUCAAAUGAUCGUGAAUUUUAUGUUUAAUUAAUUAUUCAUUGUUCAAUUUUGAUCAUUGAUUAGAUCCGAUUACAACUGUAAAUCAGUAGAAAAUUCAACUGAUCAUGGGUUAAUUUUGACUACUGAUUCAUGGGUCAAUUUUGAUCUUGAUAAAUGAUCAUUUAUCAACAAUCACAAUUGAUCUAUGAAUCAAUCAUAAAAGUUGAUUAAUGAUCAGAUAAAUUUUCUUCUGGUUGCAUUAGUAAUUGUGGUUCAAUUCUAGUGGUUAAUUAAUUAUUAACUGUUCAAUUUUGAUCAUUAAUUAAAUUCGUUUACCACUGCAAACCAGUAGAAAUUUUAACCAUGAAUCAUUAACAAGGGUUGAUUUUGAUCAUUGAAUAAAUCCGAUCACUUCAGCGAACCAGUAGAAAUUUUAACCAUGAAUCAUUAGCAAGGGUUAAUUUUGAUCAUUGAUUGAGUACGAUCACUACAGCGAAUCAGUAGAAAUUUUAACGAUGAUUAACUAACCAGGGUUAAAUUUGAUCAUCAAUAUCAUGGGAAAGCAGAGCUAAGAGUUCAAUUGAUUUAUGAUUAAUUUCGAACAUAGUGUAUCCUAGUUUGUAAGUGUAUUUGUAUAAGCAGGUGUGAUUUGAAUAAAUUAUUUCUUAAUAUUGA